AUGAGUUGUUAUGAGCAGUGGAAGCCAGUUUUGGCAAUGGUGGGUGUUGAUUUUGGUUUGGCGGUUGUCAACAUACUUCUUAAGAAGGUCCUUAAUCAAGGAAUAAACCAGUUGGUAAUCGUCACAUACAGACAGUCUAUUUCUGCUAUUUUCUUGAUCCCUGUUGCAUACUUUAUGGAAAGGAAAAGCAGGCCUAAGCUUACAGCUCGAAUAUUAUGUUAUCUUUUCUUCAGUGCGCUGGUUGGGGCGACAUUAACUCAAUACGCCUUCCUAGUUGGGCUUGAAUACACAUCAGCAACGUUCACAUGUGCUUUCAUAAAUAUAGUUCCUGUAAACACAUUUAUUAUGGCAUUGCCUUUUGGGCUAGAGAAAGUGAAGAUGAAAAGCAGGAAUGGUAUUGCUAAGGUUUUAGGUACAGUGGUUUGCAUUGGAGGCGCGUUAUUACUCACGCUUUAUAGAGGAAUGCCAUUAAUGAAAGCACGAGGAGGAGGAGGAGGAGGAGUUAGUAGUAGUGGUGGUGGUGGUGGUGUUGAUGAGAAUAGAAAGCAUGCAACACAUAGUAAUAGUAGUCAUUUUAAUGAGAGUGAAAGAUGGAGCAUUGGGUCCAUAGUUUUAACUGCAGGCAGCCUCAUGUGGUCUUCAUGGUUCCUUAUCCAAGCAAGGAUCGGAAAGAGUUACCCAUGCCACUAUUCCACCACUGCCAUCAUGUCCUCCUUCAGUACCCUUCAGUCGCUUUUCUUGACUUUGAUCAUCCACAGGAACACUUCCACAUGGAUCCUCAAGGGAAGCUUAGAGAUUUCAAGUGUCAUCUUUGCUGGGAUGGUGGGAUCAGGCUUGUGCUAUGUGGUUAUGUCAUGGUGUGUCAAACAAAGAGGACCCGUCUUCACAGCUGCAUUUAGCCCUUUCAUACAAAUAUUUGUUGCCAUUUUUGGCAUCUCCAUCCUACAUGAGCAAAUCCAUAUGGGAAGUGUUAUCGGAUCUAUCCUAGUGAUCACCGGUUUGUAUAUUCUUCUCUGGGGUAAGAGUGAUGAAGCAAAGCAUUCUACAUUGAAGAUUAAUGGUCAGCCUCAACAUCGUGUACAAGAUCAGAAUGGAGAUAACUGUACUACUGCUUAA